AUGAACCCCUUCUAUAAGCUUCCAAAACCUCCCAGUUUCUCUCAUUUAGAGUCAUCUAUCGUUCAAAAUGAAGUGAAACCACGGCCAAACUCGUUGGAGAUGAACAAUGUAUGGCAUAAUGCGCGGUUACCUUCUCGACAAGUUAACGAAUUUGAUCUCAAAUAUUCCCUAGAUCCGUAUCUGGAUGACUUGAGUGAUGUGGAUUCCGUACAUGGGGCUCUGAAAGCUGUUCAGAUGAAUACGCACCUUGCCAAUAAAGCCAAUUUCUCCGAUUGUACAUCCAUUCGAUGCUUGAAGGUUGACAUGGCCUCCAUAGAAUGGAAUGAUAUGGAUGAUAAUGAUCUUUCUUGUCUAUUGGAGCAAUAUCGAGAUUUGCGCGAGAGAUCGGAAAGGGAAACAGCAAAUUUACCUCUUAGUGACUCUUCAACACCAAAAAAACUGCUGGUACUAUUCGUUCCUUUGAUUCCGAUGGCUGGAACCUCGUUCGGGAAUAAGAUACCAAUUACACAAUCUCAAGCAGCAGAAGUUUUCUCGUCCCUGAAGCUGAAUCCAUUAUUCUUCUUGAAUAUGCUCGGGCGUCCAGACUACUGGGCUCCCCAGACCAGGUGGAAGUUCUCCUCACACAACCAUCUUGAAUCUUGCGACUUUUUCUGCCAGCAUCCACGGUGGAAUCUCGAUGUUCAAGGUGCCCCUCUUUCAACAUGUUUGCGAUAUGAGGUAUCCACCGGCCAGAUAAUUUAUAUCAUCGCCCACAAAGAAAAUGAUAGUAGCGUGGAAGCUCUUACACAGAUAAUUUGCAAAUCAAUACGAACGCCUGCGGAGCUAACUAGUGACCCUUUUGAUUUACACGUCCUUUUGUCAACUUUAUCAUUUGAGGCGUCCAAGUAUCACGUUACCCAUUUCCGUCGUUUCAUGUGGUCUCAGUUCAAUCGAGUUGAAGAGCAGAUUGCAGGGGUCCAAACCAAGGACCGAAAAGAACUUCGAGAGCUCACACGACAGCUACAGAUUAUCUCGCAGAAUGCAGAUUCGCAUAUUGCCAACGCCGAUGUAGCUAUGAUGUCAGCCAGGUGCAUUCAAGCAUCACAUGCAAAGAUGCACCUCGCUCUAAAGAGUCUACCAUGCAGAACAGAGAAAGCGGCAGACGCAAUUGACUAUGUAAUACAGUCUUUGGAGAAGCAAAAGCUCUGGUUCUUGAACUAUAAGAAUAGAAAAGACGGUAUGAUGAGCCUCGUUUUCAACUUGGUCACGCAGCAAGACGCAGCGAAUACCAUUGAGAUUGCAGCCGAUACCAAACGUGACAGCACUAGUAUGAACGCUAUUGCGGCGUUGACGAUGAUUUUCCUGCCUGGCACAUUUACAGCGACCAUUCUCGGGGCAGGGAUAUUCUCGGCGAAUUUAAGCGGUGAUGGGAUUCACGUCUCUAACCUCUGGUGGCUUUGGAUCGCUUUUACAGCCCCACUGACAAUUGGGGUUGUCAUUGGUUGGUGGUACUACUACGGUUUAAAGGAGAAAAAUAUACGUAGUAAGUCUCAAGAUGAAGAAGAUAAACGGAAAGAGACGCCAGUUUAG